UGCAUAUCGGUCAAUUAUAUCUACGAAAGGCGCGCAUAUAAGUCGGUAGGACUCGUUGAAUUUGUAACAAUUAGGAUAUUUAACACCAAUUGGUUGUUUACCUAACGUUUCUUGUGAUACAGUUACCGAAGGAGCGCGUAGAGCACGAAAAACGAGGCAAAGAGCGUCUUCUGCACCCUCGCCCACUGGGAUGCUCAGUUCGAUUUCAGAUUUUCCCUAGAACACGUCCUUUCCGUUUCAAAAUUAGUCCGCGUUAUCCGCGGAUUUAACAGCUGUGAUAAAAAAAAAAGAAAAGAAAAUAACGAACGGUCGUAAGAAUAAGAAGAAAAGUCAAUUGAAUGUUAUGCGGAUAUCGAAAUACGAAGAAAGUUAAAAUGCUUCAUAACUAAAAAAACUUCUACUUCGAUUUAUCUCGUUCGAGUGCUUCGGAUGCUUUUUUUUUCACAUUAUAAUUUGUAAAAGCAAAUACCAAGCUUGGAAGUGCUCGGAAAAAUAAAUCAAAUAUUUUGUCGUAUUGAAAAACAAACAAGUUUUAUCUAGUCAAAAUGAGAGCGAAAAUUCUGCACGAGUCUCUGCUCAUCCUGAUAUUAGCAUACCCUCUGAUAACGUCGAGUGCGCCUACUACGGAAACGGAAAUGGAAUCGGUAACGGGAACGAGGGAACAAGAAGAAGAAGAAAGUCUAAGAACGACGACGGAAGUUAACUCAGCGGUCGCUACGACUGCCCAGUACUUCCGACAAUCCCGAAGGUACCGACCCGGGGGUUACGAGAGAGGAGGUCACGAUCACGACGACUACGAUGACGUCCCCGACGUCCAUCAUGACGACAUGCACGACCAGGACGAUUCCAAGAACAUGGUUGAAGAGGGAAAAGGCGAUUACUUGGGUGGAUAUUAUGACUUUCUGAUAAACGAAGGGAGCUACAAAUUCUGGGCUGUCUUUCAGCUCGGGACGGCAGCUUUAUUGAUAUACAGUGGUUUCGCCGCCGUUUACUUCGCCAAAGUAAAUCCACCUGCUUCCGACGAUUACGAGGAUUAUUUUUUCCGACGGCGUCGAUCGGUGCAACCCCCUCAAGAGAGAACAUUUUUGGGUUUAACUCCGGAAGCAUUUCAGAGGAUACUGGACGCCGUUGCAAGGGAAUUUCACUGACGACCUGUCGGUAGCGCGAUUAUCAUUCUAUUAUUUAAUUAUUUUUUCUUUAAAUUAUUUUAGUCAACGAAGCGGUAAUAAACAGAGGAGAAAGAGAGAAGAAUAUUUUCGAAGCGAUCGUAAAGAUGCGCUAUGAUUUUCAAAUAAUUGAAAUUGCUCACGCAGUCAGGAUUGAAUUGUCUUCGAAGUUGAGGCGUAUAUAUAGGGUAUUUAGGUAUAUCUGUACAAUGUACGAAGACCGUGAUGUGUGCAGGAAAUUUUUCCGAUUCGCGAUAUCGUGUGUCCACAAUAUCACGUCUGGUUCUAAUUAUCAGCAAGACGAAUCGUAAAUAUUUCUUCUUAUGAACUAAUUAGGAACGAUCUUGCAUCCUUAUACCUGUCGUGCAAGGUAGUUUUUACUUUGAAUGAAUAAAAUCACCAUUGUUAUAUCGUAUAAUCUAUGGUACCACAACGUAUAUGAGAAAUCGAAAAAUUACGAUACCAUCUUAUAAAUAUGUACUCGUCCUUUUUUUUUCUGGCGUACGUAUAGAAUUAUAAGUAUCGCGUAACCAUUAUAUGCGUAUAGUACACGCAUUUUUGUUACGCCUUUGAUGAUGAUGUA